AUGAUCAAUUCCGCGAAGACUGAUAAAAUUACCCAAAAGAUAAAUGACUUGUCUUUUGACGAGAAGGACAACACUCUGAUCGAUUCUACGAAUCCUGCUCCAUUCCCUGGCGCUCAAGAGAGUGCCGCCCAGCAUCCUACCGCUACUCCAUCCAAUAAUAAAGAACCAAAACCAAGAACGAAAUCAUUUUUGAACAACGACGGGAUUGACCAACUAACGCCGGUCACGAGGAAAAAACGUGUUUCGUCCCUUUCCCUUUCGGACCAAUGGUCUGCUUCGCAGGGCGGAAUUGCACCAUUGACGUCAAUGACCCCGCUAAAUACCGCCGAAGGUAGCAAUGGUCAAAACGGUAGUAGUGGAGCCGCAGGCGCCCAAUCUGCUUCUGCCGACGCUGCUGCAGCUGCCGCUGCAGACUCCCGUUCUGUAGGAAUAUCCCGCUCAUCUUCUGUACGUACGAAACGUGAAGUGAUCGACCAUGAACGUGUUGCGUCAUAUGCAUUCGCAUUCGAUAUCGACGGUGUCAUCGUUCGUGGUCCAGAAACUAUCCCAGAAGCUCGCCAGGCGCUUCGUUUACUAAAUGGGGAUAACAAAUACAACAUUAAAGUCCCAUACAUUUUUAUUACCAACGGUGGUGGGCGUUCGGAACGCGCGCGUUGUAAGGACUUGUCUAAGAGACUAGGUAUCACUGUGACCGAAGAUCAGGUUAUUCAAGGUCAUACUCCAAUGAAGGAUUUGGUCCCAGUUUACAAGAACGUGUUGGUCGUUGGUGGUGUCUUGAACUCUUGUCGUGAUGUCGCUAAGGGUUACGGAUUCGAAAAUGUUUAUAUCCCAAUUGAUAUCAUGAAAUGGAAACCAAGUGUGACCCCAUACUAUACACUCAGUGACGAGGAGAAAGAAGCAGCCGUCGAUGCAGAUUUCUCAAAGAUUAGCAUUGAUGCCAUUCUUGUCUUCGCUGAUUCCAGAAAUUGGGCCGCUGACCAGCAGAUCAUCUUAGAAUUACUUUUGUCCAAGAACGGUGUCAUGGGUACCGUUUCCGAGACCGCAGACGAGGGUCCAGGUUUGUACUUCGCUCACUCGGAUUUCGUUUGGGCCACAGAUUAUGGUUUGAGUCGUUAUGGUAUGGGUGCUUUACAAGUGUCCAUUGCUGCAUUGUACCAGGAGCAUACUGGUAAAGAAUUACAAGUGACACGUUUCGGUAAACCUCAACGUGGUACCUUUAGAUUCGCAGAAAAAGUGUUGAGUAAAUGGCGUAAAAAUACAUUGGAAGAACAUGUUGAACAAUUAGGUAUUUCUUUCCAAAAGCAGCAGAAAACUUUACAGCAACAACAACAGUCCAGCGAUUCGCCAUUCGGACCUGAUUCAGAAACUGAUCAAGAAACCGAUCUCACUUCAACCGAGGACGAUGACGAUUUGGAAGAUGAUGAAGAUGACGAAGGUAUCGUUAUCAACAAGACUUCCUCGGUACUUUUGGAUCUUCCCCCAGCAUCUACUGUGUACUUCGUUGGUGAUACUCCAGAAUCAGAUAUCAGAUUUGCUAACUCGCAUGACUCUUCUUGGUACUCUAUCCUUGUCAAGACUGGUGUCUACCAAGAAGGUACCACUCCUAAAUACAAGCCAAAGCAGAUUUGUGAAAAUGUUUUGGAAGCUGUUCGUUUCGCUAUUGAACGUGAACACCAAAAAGAAUUGCAAGAAUGGAAUCACUCUGCUGAAGUUUCAGUUCCUGUCGUGAAGGAAGAAACUGAAACCGUUAAAAAGACCAAUUGA